AUGGAAUCUUUUCUGCUUUCGGGCCUCCUCGGUUUUCUGAUGGUGAAUAUGUUACUUGCAAGUGGAAUACAAGGAAUUAGAUUCUAUCGGUACUACAACGUCACUUGGGGAAACUCUCAUUUCUCCAGUCUUUACAAUGACACUGAAGUCCAACUGACGUUGGAUCAAAGUUCAGGAGCUGGAUUUGAAUCUAUAUCAUAUUAUCAAUCUGGAUUAUUUAACAUGAGGAUCAAAAUUCCAGAACAGAAAUCCCCAGGAGUUCUUACCGCCUUCUAUCUAACUUCAAAGGAAAGCCUACACGAUGAAGUUGACUUUGAGUUCAUUGGUAGCAACGGACCACCUUACACAUUGAGUACAAACGUAUACACAAAAGGAGUUGGAGGCCGGGAGCAAAACUUUCAUCUUUGGUUUGAUCCGACUACCGAUUUCCAUUCCUAUAAGCUUGUUUGGAACCUAUAUCGAGUAGUGUUUUUUGUGGAUAAAAUACCAAUCAGAGUGUUCGAGAACUUGGGGGCCAAAGGGACCUACCCGACACAAGCAAUGAAGGUGGCAGCGAGCAUCUGGAAUGCCCAGGACUGGGCCGGGAAGAUCGACUGGUCCAACGCCCCGUUCACAGCCCAUUUUCAAGACUUCGACAUUGACGGGUGCGCCUUGCGGGGGUUUUAUAUAAGCAACUGCGCUUCUCGGCCAAGAAAAUCACGUAGCUUGUCCGAUCAAGCAACACGGAUGAUGUUAGCAACAUUGGAAGUAGUUACUUCCACUGCGUUGCCAAUAAGGUACGGUAAGAACGAGUGGAUCAAGUCACAGGUUCAGAUAGAUCCAGUAACACCCUACCAGCUCACAGAAUCAUCCAAGUAA